UUCAGAAGAGCAUCAGCGAAGAAAAUGAAACAGAUUCUGAUCCUGUGUGUUUUGGUGGCACUCUCGCAGUGCAUCAGGGUGCCAUUGAUCAAGGGCAAAACAGCACGACAGAGGCUGCAGGAGAAAGGUCUAUGGGAGGAAUACAGAAUGAAAUAUCCUUACCAACCCUGGGCCAAGUUUGUUCAGAAUGGUCAAGAAUCCAUGACCAACGAUGCUGAUCUUUCCUACUAUGGUGAGAUCACCAUCGGAACUCCUGGUCAGUCCUUUACUGUGCUUAUGGACACAGGUUCAGCUAACCUGUGGGUGCCAUCUGUCUACUGCUCAAGCCAAGCCUGCCAGAACCAUGAUCAGUUCAAUCCACAGCAGUCCAGCACUUUCCAGAGCACCAAUGAGUCUAUCUCUGUUCAGUAUGGGACAGGCAGUAUGACUGGCUACAUGGGAUACGACACUGUCACAGUUGGUGGAAUCUCAGUGCAAAAUCAGAUCUUUGGACUGAGUGAGACUGAGGCGCCCUUCAUGGCCAGCAUGGCAGCAGAUGGCAUCAUGGGACUGGCCUACCAAGCGGUUUCCUCUGAUGGUGCCACUCCUGUCUUUGACAACAUGAUGAGUCAGGGCUUGGUCUCCCAGGAUGUCUUCUCAGUCUACCUGAGCAGCAAUGAGCAACAAGGCAGCAUGCUGUUACUGGGUGAGAUUGACAGCUCCUACUACACUGGUAGCAUCUACUGGAUCCCUCUUUCCUCUGAGAGCUACUAUCAGGUCACCAUGGACAGCGUUACCAUCAAUGGACAAGUUGUUGCUUGUAACGGCGGAUGUCAAGCUAUUAUUGAUACUGGUACUUCCCUUAUUAUUGGGCCAAGCAGUGGCAUCAGCAAUCUCAAUGCCUAUCUUGGUGCCCAGACAGACCAAUAUGGAGAUUCUAUAGUGAGCUGCAAUCUCCAGAGCCUGCCUUCAGUUACUUUCAACAUUAAUGGCUAUGCCUUCGCCAUUCCUCCCUCAUCCUUUGUCACUCAGGGCUCCAGUGGCUGCCAAACAGGUUUCUCAGCUGGCAACUUUGGAAGCAGUUUCUCUUGGAUCUUGGGAGACGUUUUCAUCAGGAAUUGGUACACCAUCUUUAAUAGGAGCAACAACUCUGUCGGUCUGGCUCAGCUGGCUUAAGCACUAAUGUCAAUUUUGAUGAAAUAAACUUUUGUUUCUUGCAAUUUAUAUGUGAAAACAUGUAAGAUAGCAACAAGCAAUAAAAUUUUUUUGCAUAGAACAAUAAA